CAGCCAGCCCCAAGCUCCGGCAGCGAAGGAAGGAGGGAGGGAGAGAGGGAGAGAGAGAGAGAGAGAGAGCCUUCGAGGACGAGGCCACGAGAGAGAAAAAGACAGAGGGCCGAGAGGAGACGAGAGACGAGGCGAGGCUCGACCUUCCGACGUCUCGACUGCCGCUCGCUGCCUGCCUGCCUUGUCUGCCUGCCCGCCCGCCUGCCUGCCUGUGCGUGCUUCUUGGCUGCUGUGGAGCGCUCGCCCGCUCGGUCGCUCGCCUGCCUUUCGUUGCGUUGCCUUGCUUUGCCUUGGCUUGCCAUGUUUGACGACGAGGAAGACGAAGACGAAGGAGGAGGGAGGGACGCAGGCUCGCAGGCCCGGGCGGAAUCUGGCAUCAAUUCGGGACGAUAGGAAGAGUUGGAGAGAGAGAGAGAGAGAGAGAGAGAGAGAGAGAGAGAGAGAGAGAGAAGAGAGAGGGAGAGGGAGAGGGAGUGAUCUGGUGUGGGAGAGUGUGUGGGCGCGUCGUGGCGAUCGAGGAGGAAUCCGUGGAUGUUGAUUGAGGAAGAGCAGGAGCCCGAAGCUUGCUCGGGUGAGCGCGACCUGUGAGAGUUUUUGGGUGCGUGCGUGCGAGUGAGUGCUUGAGGGUUGGUUCUUUGGUGGUGCGAGCCCGGCGUGCGUUGUGCAUCGAUCAGAUCAGAUUUGAGUUGUUUCUUUUGGUUUGGAGUUCGUUCUAGGGUACUCGAUGCUGGUGACGGGGUGCUGGUGAUGGUGGUGCUGGUGAUGAUUUUGGUCGAAUGAGUUCCCGGGGCGUUGCUGGUGGGACGUAGUUUUUUUUUUUCUUUUUUUUUCUUUUGUUUCCGAGACGAAUUGUCAUGUUUCCAUGAGGUAGACGAUGUUGGACGCGCUUGCUGCUGCUUGGAGGAUGAUUCCUCCGUUGGAUCAUGAUUUGAGCUCAGAGAGGAAUUCGCAACGUGUGCCUUCGUUGCGGGCGUGAGAACCCGAUUGGAAGACCAGACUGGCCGGAUGCGUGCCUGAAACUCAGGCCCGGCAAAAAUCGCCGGAGAGGGUGAAAGGGGUGGGAUUUAAGGGGGGAUGCAUGACAAGGUGAGGUUUGAAUGCAUGCUCUGUGCUGCAUUUCCCCUGUUCCGCUGGAGAGGGAAUCGCAUCCUCUCACGUUGUCUGACGAGCAAUCCACAAUUGCCUUCCCGAUGGACCAGCAAAAUAACCACAAGGCUUCUAAACCCCCCAUUAACUACAAGAACGGGUCCUCUUCUCCUCUUAUGACCAAGGCGUAUAGUAGUGUCGCUCCCCCCUAUCUUGAGAGCGUCGUAGACCACGAUGAAAACAGGUCGUUGGCUAGAUCUACUACUGGGCUAUCGGUGGGAGAGGGGAGCAUGAAGAUUGGGAUGUCCGGAGACUUAACCAUCUCAGUCGAGUCUAGAGGAUGUACAAACUCCAGCACCAAUGUGGGGGGCAUUUUGUAUAAAUGGGUCAAUUAUGGUAAGGGGUGGAGGCCCCGCUGGUUUGUACUGCAGGAAGGUGUGCUUUCGUACUACAAGGUACAUGGGCCGGACAAGGUUUCAGUUAAUCAUGAAAGACACAAGGGACUGCGAGUGAUUGGGGAUGAGGCGCAGCGUCUUCAGAGGAAACAGAGGAAUGCGAAUGUUGAUGAGAAGAGGCCCCGAAAACCUUUCGGAGAGGUACAUCUGAAGGUCUCAUCUCUUCGUGAAAGCAAGUCAGACGAUAAGAAGUUUUAUAUUUACACAGGAACGAAGACCCUUCACCUUCGAGCUGAAACCAAAGAAGAUAAAAUUAUCUGGUUGGAAGCUUUGCAAGCUGCGAAGGAUCUGUUUCCUAGGAACUCUCUUAUAUAUGGACUUGCACCUCCUCCUGAGGAAAUUAGUUUAGGUACGGAGAAGCUGAGAAAGAGGCUUCUGGAUGAGGGUCUAAGUGAAGAACUAGUUUUAGAAUGUGAACAAAUUAUUCUUUCGGAGUUUUCUGAGGUUAAAGAUAAGUUCAACACUCUUCAGCAACGGCGGAUACACCUUUUGGAGCGCUUAAGGCUGCUUGAGGCUGAGAAAGUGGAGUUGGAGACAACAGUUGUAGAUGAAAUGCAGAGUCAAGGAGGCCACGCCAGUGGUCGGGGACUCAAAUACCAUGGAAGCGAGACGGAUGAUUCCGAUGAUGAAGCGGACAAGAGUGGGGGAAUGGAGAUCGACAGUGAUGAAGAGGAUGAAAUAUUCUUUGACACCAAAGAAACUCUAGGCUCGUACCGUACAUCGUCAUCUGAUAUCUCAUCAGAAUUAUCUGAAUUGGACGAAUCUGGUGAUAUGGAGCUUGUUGGGUUUAAUUAUCCAAAAAUACAGAGGCGGACGAAACUGCCUGAGCCAAAGGAAAAGGAGAAGAGCGUAAGCUUGUGGUCUAUGAUAAAAGAUAAUAUUGGCAAAGAUCUUACAAAAGUUUGCUUGCCAGUGUAUUUUAACGAACCUAUUUCUUCAUUGCAAAGGUGUCUUGAAGAUUUGGAGUAUUCAUAUCUACUGGAUCGAGCUCAAGUCUUUGGAAAGCAGGGCAACAGCUUGUUGAGAUUGCUACACGUUGCAGCGUUUGCCGUGUCUGGUUAUGCAUCUACGGAGACUCGUACAUGUAAACCUUUCAACCCGCUUCUUGGAGAAACAUACGAGGCAGACUUUCCCGACAUGGGCCUUCGAUUCUUUUCGGAGAAGGUAAGCCAUCACCCCAUGAUUGUAGCAUGUCAUUGCGAUGGCAGAGGUUGGAAAUUUUGGGGUGACAGCAAUUUGAAGAGCAAAUUCUGGGGCCGCUCUAUUCAGUUAGAUCCUGUCGGUACUCUGACGCUUCAAUUCGAGGAUGGAGAAGAGUUUCAAUGGAGUAAGGUGACAACAUCAAUAUAUAAUCUUAUCCUAGGAAAGUUGUAUGUGGACCAUUAUGGAACAAUGCGAAUAACAGGAAAUCGAGAUCUUUCCUGCAAGCUCAAAUUCAAGGAGCAAUCUAUCAUUGAUCGCAAUCCUCACCAGGUUCAAGGGUAUGUGCACGACAAAAGCGGUGAAAAGCUGGCGACACUCUUUGGCAAGUGGGAUGAAAGCAUGUACUAUAUCAUGGGAGAUCUAGCUGCUAAACCUAAGCAUUAUGAUCCAAUGUCAGAAGCUAUCCUACUGUGGAGACGGAAUCCACCUGCUGAGAAUCCAACGAGAUAUGGAUUCUCCUCAUUUGCUAUAGCUUUGAAUGAACUCACACCGGGUUUGAAGGAGAGGCUGCCACCCACAGAUUCUAGAUUAAGACCUGAUCAACGGCAUCUUGAAAAUGGGGAGUAUGAAGAUGCUAAUUCGGAAAAACUGCGGUUGGAGCAGAAGCAACGGCGUGCUUCGCAACUGCAGGAGAAAGGCUGGCAACCCCACUGGUUUCGCAAGGAGAAAGGGAAGGAUACAUUCCAGUACACAGGUGGUUACUGGGAAGCCCGGAAAGAUAGCAACUGGAAAGAUUGCCCGGACAUAUUUGGACCAGACUUGCCAGAGAUGCCUGCCGAGUGAGGUAUCUCAUUAAUUUUGUCAAAUUCUAUAGAGAUUGGCUCAAUAAAUGUUUGAGCUUUCCCGAGAUUCAUACUCUUGCAACCACCCACAGUGUUGCUCAUAAAUUUUGACUUCAUGUUGUGCUGAGCCAAGAGCCAUUCAUCGUUUCCAAAAGUUGUCCAUCAAAUGGCCAGACAUUUCUGUUGUAAGGCUACUCACUAUCUAGUACAGACUGGACGGACUUUCUGAUACUAAUAAACAGAACAUUUCCCUGAGCCCAUCUUUUUAUUUCAUGGCUAGUCAUGCCUUAAUAUGUCACGACAUGAUUAUCGUGGCAAGCACACUUGAUAUCAAUACAGUCACCCAUUGAUCUCCGAAUUUCUUACGGUAGAAUCUUAGAGAAAGGGAUUUAGAUUUCUAUAGUAACCUUACCUAAACCAACUUUUAGACAUACGGUCAAUGAGCAAAUUUCCGAAAUUUGCCCAUGAUGUCAUCAGUCCAGUGUAUCUCCGUGUUUGCGCAUGAUUGUGUUAGGAGUUUUCACGGAGCUAGAAUGUCAAUGUGUCCACAUGGACAGCGCGAGAAGCUGUGCAGUAUUGUGUGCACCACCUUCGGAGCAAUGUAAAUCUACACAUGCACCACUAGGUGUUGAAUUCAGAGUCAGAUUUCAUCAUCGCGUUCGCUGCGCCUCUUGUAUCUGCGCUCAUGUCCAUGGA